AAUAGAUUGGGUACGAAAAACACGUAAAACACUAAAAAUGGCGGCAGAACUUGAAGAUGCUCGUGAUCACCUCUCUCAAAACUCUAGAGCAUCUGUUCGUUUCACGAGACAAGCUGGAUUGGAAAGGAGAAGGCCUUCAAAGCGUCAAACUACAUUAAGAAGCUUCAAGAUUAAUACAAACUGGAGAGAUCGGUCAACGCAAGUCGCCACCACUACAACUGCCAUUUCAAGACAGGGAUUGCCAGAUGCACUUCCAAGUGGGCGAGAACUAUCUCCAGUGCCACCAACACCAGAUCAAGGCCCUCCAAACAACUCAAGAGAUUCAUUGAGAUCUCCUUUGAUAGAAAGUCUGGUGGCCUCAAAAUCAAAUGUUACCCACCAUCUUGAGGUUCUACAGGAUAGUUCUCCCGUUAUCCCACGUCAAAGCAGUGUUGUAACAGACCAUGAGCAGCUGUUAUUAGUUUCUCACUCUAGAACACCUGAUGGAAGUCCAAGUUCAAUUAUAUUGUACAGUUCAGAGGACGAAACUAAAACAGAUCAAGGAAGCAUGGUUAGAACUCCAAAUCAAUCUCCACAAAAGUUGUUAUCAGACAAGACUCCUGUUUCAGGUCCUGUUGCAUUUAAGACAAGAAAUAGCAGAAAGAGAAAAGGAAAAGUAGCUGAACCAACAGGAGAUGAGGAGAUGGAAUCCUUAGAAAAUGAAUACAGAAAAAAUAACUUUGUGAGAUUGUUUAAUGCUGAUCAUGGAAGAAAAAAGAGAAUGUCAGAGAUAACAGAUCUUGAUGUUAUUCUUACUGCUGUUGAGGAAGAAGCCUUGGAAAUCAGGAACGAUAUUGAGACAACAGCUGGGAAGCAAGCCAUAAAAGAACUCUUCAUACAAAUGAGAAAAACAUUCAGUGAAACUAUUGAUAUUCACAGAGAAAACCAAAUGUUAAAGGCCAACCUGAGAAAGGCAAAAUCCAAAGUUAACAAAUUACGCAAGGAUCUCUUAAGUGUGCAGCAAAAAAGAUCAAGGAUCUUGUUGAAAAUUGAACAAGAGGAAAAGAAAGUGCAACAAAAUCAAGAGAGACAGAAGGCCCUGGAAGAUUUUAGCUCUUUUCUUGUCAACCUUGAGGCAUUACAAAAUGAGUGCAGAAAAGAAAUGUCCUCAAAGAAGGCAUCAACACAAGACUAUGGGUCAUGUGACAACCUUCCAAGUCUGCUUAUUGAAGGGCACAGUUCAUUAACAGCUGCUACUCAGCUUAGAUCUAUCAAUGAGCUUUUGAAGCAAAGACAAUGAUAAGUGUCUAUUAAUUUGAUUAUAAGACAAAUAUUUGUGCAAAUAAACAUGAAGGAAAAAAAUUUUAAGACAAGGUUUUAAAAUAUGUCUGAUUACUGAGUCAAACCUAAAUAUGUUCAGUAACCAUAAUUAUGCCAUGCUACUUAUUCUUUGAACCAAAAAAAUGUAAAUAGAGUUAAAAAAAAAGAAAAGAAGAAGCUGACCAAAAGUGGUCUGUCUUCCCCAGUAAAGUCUGUCAGUUAUAAAGUCAAAAGAAAUAAGCAAAAAAUGAUGAGUUAGCACCAUUUGAACUCUGGGAGCCCCUCACAGAUUCCAUGCUGCUCCAAUGUAUCUUUUACUAAUUUCUACUGACUUGCAUGAUGGACUUUGCUGGAGGUAUUUGUUGAAAGAAAAAAACUUGAACAUUUCUCCAUCACCCAUCAAAUAUUUUAUAAUAUUGAAUUCUUGUACAGCACGAUUGCUAUAUUGUAUGUGACCAUCAAAUUGCAUGAAAAUAAGAUUGGUGUUUAGAGACAAACAUAAAUCAUACUGUUAUAAAUAUUCCAAUGAAUGCCAGUAGUUCUUUACUAGGAAGACUGAUUAUCAAGUGACUUCUUUCUGUCCUCUGCAAUAGAUAAAUUUUCUUUGGAUCAGAUCAAAUAAAUACUAAAA